CAUAUAUAUAGGUGUAACUCACAGUCUACCCCACCUUCUAUCCUCUUGAAGCCAUCAUCAGUUGCCAGCAUCACCAUGCAAGCUAUUGUAUUGCUGUGUCUGUUUGGAGCAGUGUUCGUCCACGCUAAUGAUUAUUCAUGGAAUGGACCUGGCACAAACAAGGACAAUAGAGGCGUCGAUAUCAAUGAAGAAAAUGUGUGUGUUACGGACCAGGCAUCGUGUGGCUGCUGUCUGAUGCAGCAACAGAUACACAGGAUGAAGACGUUCUUCAACAUGAGCCUCAAUGAGCUGGAGAAGCAACUGAUAAACACAAAGACCGUCCUCAACAAUAUCAGAGCCAGCCGCAGUGCCUUCUCUGUCGCUCUAACCAGUGAGAGCAAUUUGAAAUGCUUUGGUCCCUUCCGUGACGACAAUCUCAUCGUCUACAAACAUGUCUUCAUCAACCUGGGGGAUGGCUACAGUGCAGAGACCGGUAUCUUUACUGUUCCCCGCUCUGGUGUCUACAGCUUUGCCCUCACCGUCUACAGUGACGCUGGUGCCCCUGGUAACUCCCUGGCCGCCUGCGCCACUCUGCAGGUGAACGGCAAUGUGGUUGCAGGACCCAGAGAGAAAAAUAUGCAAGACCAAGAGGACAGUGCCACUAUAGUUGUAGCCCUCCACCUGACAGCUGAGGACAAGGUGGCUGUCAACCUGCCCAUUGGAUGUUUCCUCUGCGAUGACAAAAGCCACUAUAACACUUUCACUGGUUUUCUGCUGUAUGCUACUGACUAAGUUAGGGAAAUGUAGCUACUCUGUGAUUUGUACCAAACCCUUGCCCUACUGACAAGGUUUGAGUCUAAUAAUCUUUCUGUGGUGACAGUUGUGCUUUGUAGCCCUUAAUGUAUAUCUGCUCUGUUGUAUUCUCAUCCAUCCCAACAUUAAGAUCACAUAUUUAUUUUGCUUGUUUUAUUUCAUCGUGUUCCUCUGUCCUCACAUCCAAUAUUAUCGUCUGAAAAUUUCAUAAUGCUGUAUGUUCAUGUCACUAUUGUCAAUAUUCUGACCCUCCUCAUAACUGAUGGAUGUCAUGCAGUCUGUCAAUCUGUCAUUUACUUAUUUUAUGUGAUCGAAAUUGGGAUGGAAAUAUGUAAUGUACCUGUAAAAUUACAAGAAAAUAAAUCAGGAUAUUGAACAAAAAA